UCUCUGGAGACGAAGCAAGGUGACAAUAUCAGCAUUGGCCAGGUCAAUGGCUUCAUCAAGCGGGCUGCGCCCGUCCAGGUCGACCAGAUUCUGAUUGGCUUUACGACGCAGCAACAAGCAAGUCAAAUGAACUCGCUGGAGCCGACAGGCAUGAUGGAGCGCAGUGCGACCAGCUGA